GAUGAACGCCAAUCCUUACUCCGUCGCUUUGGGACUCAAUUUACUGCUUCCACCAAAUCAGGGAGUGGCAACUUGCUUCAAAAAGCCCCUUCCCUUCUGUCGAAAUGAGUGUCCUUUGUAAUUCUUGUCUUCAGCGAGGGCCAAAUUUCUCCUCUAAGUAUGCGUUAUGCGGGAGUCCUAAAUCCGGAAGUGCUCCCCUUUGUGUCAAGACGGCGAAUACGAAGGUCUGUGCACCGCCUAUUUCGCCGGACCUUCAGAAGGCUGCCGACGAGUUCCUGAGCGUUGUGACUUGCCAAAACAACGUCAAAGGGUGCGACGCGGACGUAAUAUUUUCAGUGUCGAACUCUUUGCCGUGUCGUGAUGCAUAUUUGAACCUGCAGAAAGAAAUAAUGAACACUCUGUUCGGGGAUCACGAUGCAACGACCGGAACUGUGAGACGGAGGUCACCCUCCUAUAUUUCUGACCAACAUCCUUUGUGUAGAUUGUUCGUAUUGCAUUCGCCCAUUUCUCCAGCUUGGCUUUGUCUCGCUCGUCCAAAGAUUCAACCACCAGUCUGACCACACCACUCUCCGCGCAUCUUUCCAUAUUCCCUACGACGAAGGCUACCGCGAAGAGCUUAGGGGUGUCUCAACCUCAACCUUCCACUCCCACCUUCCCCAGCAUCAAGUGCGAUCCGAUUUCUUCUCCGAAAGAGAGCCUUGACCUUUGGGAGGUUGCUCCCGAAUCCGCUCCUCCUGACGGAAGAAGGAC